CUGCAGCCCUGUUUUUCCUCUUUCUUUUGGGAGAAACGAUUUUUUUAAUGGAAAGAUUUCGAAUUUCUCAUCCCAUAGUACCUGCCCUUCUUGGGAAAGAAUGGGUCUUGCUACGACCCCCAAGAACAUCACCUUAUUUAUAAACCUCUUAGAUUUACAGAACAAUAUACCUCUGCCGGGAGUAACAAAACAACUUUACAGCCUCAUUCCUGUUUCCAGGUCUAGGGUUGGUGGUUUCAGAUCUUCAAAGCUCCACCAUGGCAAUGGCAAGAAGGAAGCGAAUCAACACCGGCGGCCGCAACCGUUCAAUAACGACAGUUUCCCCUUUCGAGAUUCUCCCGAAAGACUUGAUCUGUGAAGUUCUGAAAAGGCUCCCGGCCAGAUCUCUCAUCCGUCUGUAGAGAUUGGAUGCGUCUGAUUCGCGAUCCCCAAUUUGCAGAGGCUCAUCUCUCCCACUUCCAGGCUCGUCCCGAAGCCUCCUACAUUCUGCUCUUGGGUUACGGUAAAGGGGUUUUGGCAACAGAUCAGAAACUUAUUCCCAGAAAUUCGCCGGUUCCUGCAAAUCACCGUCUUGCUCUAACAUCGUGAACGGCCUCAUAUGCUUGCGAAGUGGAAGUAGACUCGCGAUUUACAACCUCUCCACCGGGGAGAAGAGAGGUCUGCCUCCAAUGAGGAUCCGAUUCACAACCUCUACCACAUUUGCAUUGGGGUUCGAUUCCGUCUCAAAAAGGUACAAAUUGCUUCUCAUUAUAGGGGAUGUGGCUCGUGAGAUUCUCACUGUGGGUAGAAAAUCCUCCUGGGAAAGAUCUGCCCGAUGUUCCUGAGAUGAUUGAACUUAGAGAGUCUUGUUCUUGAGUGUUUUAGUGUUGUAUACACGUUAAGGGAAGCUUGUUUCCCUUGGUUGUACGAAGGAAAGGUAUUUUCCUUCGGGUUGAAGUCUUGGAGUGCGGUAUCUCCGAGCAAGUGUUGUUGAGGCUCGUGGGACUCGAGUUCUCAGGUUGUAACGGUU